ACCAAUCUUCUAAUAAAACAGGGAAAUGUAUGAGCGAUUUCGAGCUUCAUACAAAGGGAAGCCAGAUAUCCACACGAGACUCAUGAGGAAGUACAAAGAGAUUCCUAACUGGUGGUUUCAUGUGAUGCUUGUGCUGUCAUUGGCUCUGUCUCUCGUGCUUUGCACAUUCAUGAAAGAUCAAGUUCAAUUGCCAUGGUGGGGACUCCUCUUUUCAGCUGCGAUGGCUUUGAUCUUUACGCUCCCAAUAAGCAUAAUAACAGCCACAACAAAUCAGACGCCAGGACUGAAUGUGAUUACGGAAUAUGUAAUGGGAAUCGUAUAUCCCGGGAGACCAAUAGCCAAUGUGUGCUUUAAAACUUAUGGAUAUAUGAGCAUGAGUCAAGCAGUUUCCUUUCUGAAUGAUUUUAAGCUAGGCCAUUACAUGAAGGUUCCACCAAGAUCGAUGUUUAUAGUUCAGUUAGUUGGGACGAUUAUUGCUGGAACAAUCAACACUGGGGUGGCUUGGUGGCUGCUGACGAGCAUCAAGAACAUAUGCGAUGAUCAGUUACUUCCGGUGAAUAGUCCAUGGACGUGUCCUGGUGACCGUGUAUUCUACGAUGCAUCUGUAAUUUGGGGUUUGGUAGGACCAAAGCGUAUAUUUGGAUCUCUCGGAAAUUACAGUGCCCUUAACUGGUGCUUUCUCGGGGGUGCUUUAGCCCCCGUUGUCGUAUGGCUGCUACACAAGGCAUUUCCGAGUAAGGUAUGGAUAAAACUGAUUAAUAUACCAGUACUUCUAGGAGCAACAGCUGCAAUGCCUCCUGCUUCAACUUUGAACUUCAAUAGCUGGAUCCUUAUCGGGGCAAUAUUCAAUUUCUUUGUAUUCCGAUACAGGAAGACUUGGUGGCAGAGGUAUAAUUACAUUCUUUCAGCAGCAUUGGAUGCUGGAUUGGCAUUCAUGGGAGUCGUCUUGUACUUCAGCCUCGGAAUAGAGAACGUGAGCAUUUUGUGGUGGGGUGCAGACGGAGAGCAUUGUAGUUUGGCUACAUGUCCCACUGCCAAAGGAGUGGCUGUCGAAGGUUGCCCAUUGCACUGAUCGGUUGUCAUUUUCAUUUUGCUUUUUAAAUUUAACGCUGAGUUCUCAUUAAUUUCAUCUCUUUCCAAUUUGGACAUUUUCUUAUAGAUAUUGAAAUUUAACUCUUUCUACCUUCAGUAACAAAUCGAAUCAUUCAUACAUCUCAAUUUAGGAAUGCAUAAACAAUUUAUCAAAUUAUAUCGACACAUUCAGGUGAGCCCAAAACUUUUCCAAGCGCACACAUUCCAUAAUACAAACAAUUCAUUGCUCGCUAACAUUUCCUCAAAUUGAGAUAGAUAAAUGUUUUUUUGUCUCGGCCAAACCCACCAACUUAAAAAUUGAGUACAAGAAUUUCACUCCAAGUUCCACGUUAACACCAUCUUUAUCCGUUAAUGCCAAGUUUAUUAACCCAGUAGUUAAGUUGUUCAGAAACGCAUUCUGAACCAGUGGAGCCAUAUGAAGUGAACUUUUUUACUGAAUUUUCGACUCCAAGAAACUCGUAGACA